AUGUCUCCAGCUUCUAGUUCUAUAGCUAGUUUUAUGAUCACGGCGAAUGAAAGGCACUUUGGCAUUUACGGAAGCUUUUCUCAUAACCCGGUACCCCCGUACCGGAAGAUUUCCAAAUGUUCCAAUGGACAGGCCACGUUCCAAUGGCUCAUGAUUCCCGAAAACUGCACCUAUCGGAAGCACACCCGGCGCUCAUCGCGCUCAUAUACUUAUUUCAUCCUUGUCGUACGUUUCCUUUUUCGUGUCCAACGAGGAAAUGGGAUGUUCACUGUUUCAAGGGUCUUGCUCAGCAUUGAUAGUGCACCAUGGAAAGGAACGACAAAUGUGCAUUAG